AAUUUUUCCUACAUCUCUGAAGGCUGUCUUACCUACGCCAUACGCCAUGAACUUUUCGACCCCUAGACUGGUACCUAAUGUGUCUAUUCGCUAACUGUCGCGGUCAAAGGAAAAUGUCCAUAAUAUAAAUCGUAGCGCUAUUCUUUUAUGUUAAUACGCGAUACGUACGUUUAAAUUUGCUUGUCUCCUUGUUGCGUUCAAUCAUUUGCCGCCAGGGCUUAUUUAGUACUAGGAUACCCACCAAGAAGUUAGUUUAUCUGUAAGGGACAAUUGGAAAAUGAUUUUGUGGUUGUUGUUAGUUGUACUAGUGCUCUGGACUGCACAGUUUAGGUUUAGAAGGAGGAGAAUGUACAAAUUAGCAUCGAAAGUUUCACAUCCGAAAGAUGAAUUGCCAUUUAUUGGCAUAGCGCACAAAUUGUCGGGAAACACGGAAGACAUAAUGACAAAUUUAACAAAAUUCAGUUAUGAAGCUAUGGAGACCAACGGGGUGACAAGAGGAUGGCUUAACCACAUUCUUUAUCUCUUAAUGGUAAACCCCAUGGACUUAGAAGUGGUACUAAAAACGUGCAUGGAAAAGGAUGAUCUACAUAGAUUUAUACGGAAGAUUAUCGGCUACGGUGGAAUAUUUGCACCUGUUCCAAUUUGGAGGCGCCGUAGAAAAAUAUUAUUGCCAGCGUUCAGUCCGAAAAUUGUUGAAGGCUUCGUAGAAGUGUUCUCAGAGCAGAGUCAAAUAAUUAAGAAAAAGUUGGAAAGCGCUUGCGGUCCUGAAGCAUUCAACCUUUGGCCAAUAGUAUCGGCCUAUUCAUUGGAUUCCGUAUGUGAAACAGCAAUGGGAGUCAAGGUCAAAGCGCAAAUGAACUCAAACUCACCGUUCCUGACAUGCUUGGCUAACCUUCUAAACAUUAUUUGUGAAAGAAUCUUCCAUUUGUGGCUGCAACCUGAGUGGCUGUUCAGAUUGUUCCCCCAAUAUAACGAACAUCAGAGAUGUAUUCAUACCUUACAUGACUUUACUGAUGAGGUUAUACGAAGGAAAAGGGAUGAGAUAAAAAAUGAAAAACAGAGCCAACCUGAAUCUGAUAGCCAAUUUGACUUAGGUAAUUAUAAAAGGAAAAGUUUUCUUGAUUUACUAAUCAGUUUAUCGGGCGGUGAAAACGGUUACACAGAUUUGGAACUUCGUGAAGAAAUCUUAACUCUAACUGUCGCUGGGACCGAUACAUCCACAGUCGCCAUGUGUUUUACCCUUGUAUUAUUAGGAAAAUAUCCAGAAAUCCAGGAAAAACUAUACCAAGAAAUAAAAGAAGUAUUCGGAGAAUCCAAUCGUCCUGUAGUUAUAGGUGAUAUACGGAGCAUGAAGUAUUUGGACAGAGUAGUAAAGGAGACUCUAAGACUGUUUCCGCCUGUGCCUUUUGUUAUACGAAAAGUUGAAACCGAAAUAACAUUACCGUCAGGCUUGAUGUGUCCAAGUGGUUCAGGGAUAGUAGUUUCAAUUAUUGGAGCUCAUCGCGACCCCAAGUACUGGGGUCCGGACGCUGAACAUUUCGACCCCGACCGGUUUCUGCCUGAACGAUUCAACUUGCAGCACGCCUGUAGCUAUAUGCCGUUUAGUAACGGACCACGGAAUUGUGUAGGUUAUCAGUACGCCUUGAUAUCAAUAAAGACUGUGUUAACAACUAUAUUACGAAACUUCAAAGUCAUUGGAGAACCAGAAAAGGGCCCGAUUCCGAACAUAAGGCUCAAGUUAGACAUCAUGUUGAAAGCUGUUGAAGGAUAUCAUGUUAAAAUGGAAAAAAGAAAAACUAGCACUAUGGAUUAAGGAUUCCACCUGCUGAAUAUUUCCCGAAAAUUUAUGAAUGGUACUAGUUAGCCCUCAUUCGCAUAAUGGACGUUAAAAAAGCUUUUAAAUACAACUAAUGCAUUCCCAAGUAUAUGUAUAUGUUCACACGACAGCGUUUUUAAAACAGGACGGUUUUUUUCUAGCGGUUUUAAUUUUGGGCGUUGGAAAUAGACCUUCAUCUAACUUUAUACUAUAUUUGAACGCAUUUUUAACGUCCGUUAUAAAAAAACUCUCAUGCGAAUGGGGGCUUAGCUUCCGGGAGUCGACGUAUAUCUACAGCUGUUUAAAAAAAAUUAGAACUCAAAAAUCCCGUUUUUGUCUUUCCGAUGAUUAAAGUUAGUUCAAUCGAGAUUAAUCACCAAGCUAAAACCUGAAUCAGAAGGACUUGGGGAAACUUUAAGUUUCCGUGAAAAAUACGGACAAUGAUAUUAAAUACUGUCAGAUGUGUUACUAGCGAAAAAAAAAAUGAGGCGCUCAAAUGAAGAAAUUUAUAGUCAACUCAAUGUCUGUUGUGAUCAAUAACGAACUUUAAACAAAUAAUAACUAAAUAUCGUCUACAAUGUCGACUUAAAAUGUAUAUAUACAUAAAUAUAUAAUGAAAUUAAAGACAAAAUUGUGCAAGUGCGCUCCGUGUUGUAGUCUAUCAUUUGUAUUACUUUUUGCGGUGAUUUUGUAGGGACGUCACCGAUCUAAACGUAACUGUAUAAAAUUAUCAUUGACUACGGAACCCUAAAAAUCGUCUUGUCUUAUAAUAUAGUCUUAAAUAUUAUUUUUUAUUAUUUAAAUAUAUUGUUAACAACACACUAAUAAUAAUUAAAAUUAUUGUUAUAGCCGUUAUAUUUGAAAUAAAAUUAAUUGAUAUGUUGUGUCUGAAAUGAGUAAUCAAAGGGUCUUCGCAGAACUCGUUUUAUUGUGAACAUGCAACAUGUUAGGAUUAAUUACCCAAGUACUAAAUACGUUGAAGGAAGUACCAAGCAAUUAAGUUACGCUUAUUUUAUUACCCAUUUACUGUUCAUAUUCUAGGAUUAUAGGUUAUAGCUGAUAUAAAUUCUGACAAGCGUUUAAGGUCGCUAGUGCAAUUCUCGGUAUUAUAAAGUAUUGAAACCUCAUGUGAGGUAUCAUUAUUAUCAUAUUUUAUAUUUUAAGUGCCCAGUGCGUGCUUACAUGCUACCGACGAGAUAAUCUCGUGAAGAGAAAUAGACAAAUCAAUGGCGGCGCAACAAAGAGUACCGUUAUCUAUUUCAAUGCGUUUUUAUGGAAGGUGGGACUAGGACAACUCCACCGUCAUUGGGCGACAUUUAUAAACGACUCAUGACUUCGUCAUAGUUUUUAGGUGUAAAAUGACUAGCAAUAUAUACCCUCAUUUUUAAUUUGUGUUGGUAAACAGUAUACAUCAAGUAGGGCGGUAGUAUAAGUUGAAUUCUAAUAGUCUAGAUUCAUACUCACGAUUCAUUAAUACUUUAUGUAUUCAGUCUGCUUGACUUGAAUAUACAAAAAAAAUAAACAAGGAAAUAAAUAAUU